AUGAAUCCCGAGAGAAAGAACAUCCACAAUUACAAGUUUGCGCAACCUCAGUUGACUUUCUUGAGAGGACUUAGGGCACAUUUAGAUUUAGGACACAAAGAUGACUUCAAGGAAGCUUAUGGUAACCUUUUGGGCAUUCUGAACACCGAAGUCAACAUCACUGUUGUGCACACUCUGGUGCAAUUCUACGAUCCCCUACUGAGAUACUUUACUUUCCAAUAUUACCAGUUGGCGCCUACAUUGGAAGAGUACUCACAUAUUAUGGGUAUUAGGAUCAAGAACCAAGUGCCCUACAUUCGCACUAAGGAACUUCCUAAAUAUCAAGACCUUGAUGAAGCCCUACACAUAGGAAAGAAGGAAGUAGAACUGAACUUGAAGCCUAAGGGUGGAAUUCAUGGCUUCACCUCUAAGUUUCUAGUGGAUAAAGUUAUUGCCUUCGCCGAAGCUGGGAGUUGGACGACCUUCAACGCCAAUCUAGCUUUACUUAUCUAUGGGAUCGUAUUGUUUCCAAAUAUGGAGGAAUUUGUAGACUUGGCUGCUAUUCAUAUCUUCCUAACUCAGAAUUCUAUUCCUACUCUUCUCAAUGAUACUUACUACUCCAUCCAUGUGAGGACUCAGAAGAAGAAAGGGACUAUCGUCUGUUGUACCCCUUUGCUGUAUAAAUGGUUUAUUUCACAUCUACCCAGUAAAGGCCCUUUUGUUGAGAACAAAGACAACUUGAAGUGGUCUCAGCGGAUCAUGUCCUUGAAAGCCGAAGACAUUUCCUGGUAUUCCCGAGUUUACGGUGGUGCCAAGCUUAUCCUCAACUGUGGGGAUUUUCAUAAUGUAACACUUCUUGGUACAAAAGGAGGAAUCAACUACAACCCGAUGUUAGCGCUACGACAACUGGGAUACCCUAUGAUGGACAAACCUGAUCUCAAUAGUGUAGAAGGUUUUGUCUUAUAUGAAGGGGUCGAAGAGCCAGAACUUAUCAAGAAGAUUGUCAAGGCUUGGGGAGGGAUUUGUCCUCAAGGAAGAGUAGGGAUGGGUAAGAAGAAUUGCAUCACCAAGGAAGCUUACACCAGUUGGGUCAAAGACAUAGUUAGUGAGAUUUUGUUGUCGUUCCCGCCUGAACCGUCCAUGAACGUCCAACCUCUUGAACAAAUGAACCAUCAAAAUUCUGAAGUCGAUGAAUUGAAGAAAGUUAUCAAGACCCUAGAGAAAGAGAAUGCUGAUCUCAAAUCUAGACUUGGUAAGAUCUCUUUAGAGAAAGAAACCUUGAAGUUUAACCUGAAUCAGAAGAGAGAUAGAGUUCCUCAAGCGGACGAUGAGGUGCAAACAAAGGUAUUCAAAAGACUCAAAGUGGGUGACACACUCAAAGGGACUUAUACCAGUUUGACAGCCAAAAAGAAGCAGUUAGCCGAAGCUCAAUACCGAGCUAGCAAAGCGGAACUUGAACACAUGGAAAAAAACCAAGAAACUCCAAAGUCUGCUAGAUGCUUGCAAGAAAGAAUUGAAGGAUGA